ACCGAAGCCUUUCCGAGCUUGGUGGAUGCUCGGCCCUGCCUGACACCAGCGUCCACGUUCAACCGAGCUCCGGAAACCUUUGGACUUACAAACACGACAGGAGCUGCAGUCUUGCAAACAGCAGCCGUUGCUGUUUCCAAGCUGAAAAUUAUUAAUAAGAGCUUUAAGAUUGAACUACAGGGAGCCCUCCGGGAGGCUGCAAUGUCUACUCAGGCCACGAGUCUCUUGGAGUGAUCCAAUGGCACUCGGGUGCGGCUUGAAGGAGUCCGGUUCUUGUGACCAGGAGGUUACACCCGCCACUCUGAGCAGUGAGCAGGUAGAAGCUGCUACACAAAAUGAAGAACGACAUAUGAAGACGACGCGCACCUGCAAGUGCGUGCUAGCCUCCCUCGUCAUCCUCAUCGUCUUCCUUAUUGCGGUCGCAGCCACUCUGGCCUGGUACUUCUUGGAAUACAGUGUCUGGACGCUAGAGCCUCGUGUCCAGCAGCAGUACACGGCUUACUUGACCAUCGUCAACAGGAACUUCUCAGCAGAUCUGGCCUCUCACAGUAACCCGACGUUUAAGGCCGAAGCAAAGUAUGUACAGAACACGUUAAAGAAGAUCUUAAAAGCCUCAUCUCUUUCCAGAUACUUUAACUACACCACCGUCUUUGCAUUUGGGCAGGGGAGUGUGGUGGCUCACUUCUGGAUAGUGCUGUCGGUCCCCAGCAGUCACGCUGGAAAAGUCACAGUAGAAGAAGUCGCCAGAAGCCUGGAGGACGGCCUCAGGUGGCACGGAAGGCCACAGCGCGGGGAGACGGCAAACGUCGAUGGCUUCCUGUUCCGCCUCCCCACCCUGUGUGUUACUGAAACCAACUCCAAAGUUGUAGAAGUUUUGACAUCUUCGUUUGACUGUUACCGGUACCGGAAGGUGGUGUCCAGCGGCCCCGUGGCCCUGCGCGGCCCAGAAACACACCGGCCCUCCUGCCUGUGGCACCUGCAGACCGACCCCGGGUCCCAGCUGGAGCUCCACAUGGCGUGGCUGCUGCCCGAGUGCCGAGACCGGCUGCUGGUGUACGACUCCAUCACCCCCUCCGAUCACCACCUGAUUACGUCGGUCUACGGCUGCAGCAGGCACGAGGACGUGGUGCGCGUGCUCUCGUCCGGCGAGUGGAUGACGGUGGUUUGGAAAAAAGGCCUUUACAACUACAAGGACCCGUUUUCUCUGUCUGCGCAGGCGUGGCCCCGACACGACUGCACCUCCUCCGUUCAGCUGGAGGACGUGCAGGGGGCGCAGGGGGUCCUCCAGACGCCUUUCUUCCCCAGCUUCUACCCUCCGAACACCAACUGCACCUGGACUUUCAUCAUGCCCGGCGCAGCGCUGGGUUUGGCUCUGGAGUUUGAAGGCUACGAGCUGAGCAGAGCCAGCUACAACCAGGCCUGCACCCAGGGUCAGUGGGUCAUCCAGAACCGCAGGCUGUGCGGCACUAGAGGUCUGCAGCCGUACUGCGAACGUCUCUCCCUGCUCACAAACUCAACCACCGUCAUUAUGACCUCUGAGGUGUCACUGACCGGGCCGGGCCUUCAGGUUCUCUACAGCGUCUUUAACCUUUCCGACCCUUGUCCGGGUCAGUUCCUGUGCACUGUGAGCGGACUCUGCGUCCCCCUGUGUGACGGAAUCAAGGACUGCUCCAACGGAUUGGAUGAGAGGAACUGUGUGUGUGUGGCACAGUAUACAUGCCCUGAGGACAGUCAGUGUGUCGACUACUAUAAAGUGUGUGACCAACACCCAGACUGCCCCGAAGCCUCCGAUGAGAUGAACUGCACUGGUGGGGUAGAGUGUACGGAUCUGACCUACGUCUGCGCUGACGGCACGUGCCUGAAGAAGCCGAACCCAGAGUGCGACUCUGUCACAGACUGUCCCGACGCCUCGGACGAGAAUCGAUGCGAAUGUGGCCUGAGACAGUUCUCCACCCGCAUCGUCGGGGGCAGCGACGCCUCGGAGGGGGAGUGGCCCUGGCAGGCCAGUCUGCAGGUGCGAGGGACCCACAUUUGCGGAGGGGCAUUGAUAUCCUACCAGUGGGUGGCGUCGGCCGCCCACUGCUUCUACGACGACAGUGUGUACUCCCCCUCGGUGUGGACGGUGUAUCUGGGCAAACUGCUGCUGAACCGCAGCAGCUCCAUAGAGGAGGUGGCUCGGGUUCAGCAGAUCCACCUCCAUCAAUACUAUGACAGCGAGUCCCACGACUACGACCUCGCCCUGCUGAAGCUGGACCGGACCGCGUACCCACUGCUGACCGGACACGCUCUGCCCGCCUGCUUGCCGCCGCCCACCCACCAGCUGGAGCCGGGCCUGCUCUGCUGGGUCACCGGCUGGGGGGCACGAGAGGAAGGAGGCAGAACCAACAACGUGCUGCAGAAGGUGGACGUUCGCCUGGUGAGCGAGGAAGCCUGCGUUCGCUCAUACGGCUACCUAGUCACUCCCAGAAUGCUUUGUGCUGGUUAUCGCAGUGGAGGGAAAGACGCCUGUCAGGGGGACUCUGGCGGGCCCCUGGUCUGCCAGGAGCCGUCGGGGCGCUGGUUCUUGGCCGGAGUGGUGAGCUGGGGCAAAGGCUGCGGCCGUCCAGACUACUAUGGCGUCUACACCCGCAUCACCAGACUGACCGACUGGAUCAAGCAGGUCAUCAGCAGGCCGUAGAUCACGGGGGAUCAGUCCCACGAGAUUCAACCAAUCAGAGAAGCCUCUGGUGAAAUGGUGCAGACUUUUGUUUCAAAGUCGUCAAGUCGUAAAACUUGUCAUUAUUUAUUUGGUACCUUUAAAACUAAUUUGGAGAAUUGUCCCCCUAUUACUUUUGAAUCCUGUAUUCUGACAAGAAUGUGUAUGUGAAUGUUUUUCCCCCUUAAAAUUAUAUUUAUUUGUAAUAAGCAAUUUGAGAAUUUUAUGCUUUCAGAAAAAAUCCUUAAAAAUGUGUUUAUUUUUAUUACGUAUUGUUCUUGUCCAGGCCGACAUUGCCGAUGGGGGAUCACGAUGUAAAAAACAACAACAAAAAUCGAUGUAUUCUCGCCUGAUUGUUUUUUGUCAUUUAUGAAUAUAUCCAGCCAAUCAGGAGUGACUGUCCCCAUGUGGUGAACACAAUAAAAGCACUGAAAGAAUAAUAUUACUGUAAAGUCACAUUCAAUACAUUUGAAUAUGACUGCAUGUUUGUUGGAUUGAAAUUACCUUCAACAAUAGCGCCCUAAAGUCAGCAUUAAAUAUAUCUUUUUGUUUUUUUUAAAGCCCAUAUUUCUGUAUUAAACAUGUGUUUUUAUGUGUCUGAUGGAACAUUCUAAAUUAAAAUGUCGUGUUUCAUUUGAUGAGAGCAGAAAUCAUCAAAAUUAGCAGAACUAAAGGCUUUCUAGUGUCCAUCUGUGUGUGAUUAAUAUGUAUGAGAAAAUUCCUGAAAUAAAUUCACUUUCAAUAAUUAA